AGGUUUUAAUUUUUUCCUUUUGGAAUGCAUGCGUUUUUACAUCUUCAUUGAUUUAUUCUGGCUGGGAAGGGGGGCUGUUUGCCAUUCUUUCCAUAAAUUGCACUUUCCAGGGGGUGUCUGUUGAAUGUCACCAUUGUUCUCUGUCUCAGGCAGGAAAGGGUGCUCCGAGUUGGGCGGGUUUUUUAUUUUUGGCUGUUUUUGUUGAUACCACAAUCUCUCACUAGAGCCAUAUUUAACGUCAUUUUCUUGCCAGAUUCCACCUUACACAUUUAACUGGAUCUUUUUUAUGCAGAUUAAGGGCUGACUGACGUUAUCUUUGCCACCUCUCAAUCCCCAUGCGCAGAAACCCAGAGUCCUGUUCCUGGUGAAAGGACCUCUGUUGCUCCCUCCCUCCUUCCCUCCCUCCUUUUCUCUCCUGCAGCUGCUGGAAAUUCAAAUCCUUUCUCCAGGCAGCCCUGGCCUUCCUAACUAGUGCUAAAAAUACUGUGCCAGGGUGGCAGUUACCAGUGCUUGAGCCUACGUCUACCCUGAGCAUUCCUGACACAGCUGCAGGAGUUAAAAACGCCGGGGUUUUGGGAUUCCCAGAGCUUGGCCUGCCCCCACACAGCUCCACAACCCUUUGUGGUACUUCAGAGGACCGGAAAACACUGGGAAAAGAAACCCCAAACAAACAGAUAAAAAAAGAGGAGAAAAAAAAAAAAAAAGGCUUGGUGGGUAAAGGCAAAACUGUUUCCUUGCUGGGGAAAAGAGUCCCAAGUUCUGUGUUAUAAAUUGGGAAGUGGUCCCAAAAUGCUCCUGGGGUUUAGUGCAAGGGUCAGGGCUGGGCCCAGAGCUGCUGGUGCUUGUUUGUCCUUUUCUGCUUGUCCUUGGGAAAUGCUCCUGGGAUUUAGUGCAAGGGUCAGGGCAGAGCCCAGAGCUGCUGGUGCUUGUUUGUCCCUUCCUGCUUGUCCUCGGGAAACGAUCCCUAAAGUGGGCUUGGGGUUUAGUGCAGGUUCAAGGCAGAGCCCAGAGCUGCUGCUUCUCCUUUUCCCCUUCCUGCUUGUCCGUGGGCAAGGGUGGAAGUUGGGUCAUGCUCUGUUUUCCAAGCCGAGUGCACACCAGGAAUCUGCUGGGAUCUCUGGAGCUGGGGCAGAGCUGUGCCGUGGAGUUCUGUGAUUCCCACUGUUCCAGGGAUUGGGAAUAGCUGGAGUUCUCCAGUCCUUGAGGACGAGCCCGAGUGACUCCGGGUAUUGCUGGGAGCAGAGUUUUUCCAGCUUGGAGUUCUCCUCAUCCUCUCACCAGCUGUUCCCACCAGUACAACCAGUUGUGACACUGGGAGGAUGGAGAGCUGGAAGACGGGGAAAUAGAUGAUGCAGCCUAUGAAGAUGUGAAGGAACACGGCUCAAAAGGGGAGGAUAAGCAGAAAAAUGAGAAAGGCCACCGGAAAUCCCGGAAAAAACGCAAAAAAGAGAAGGAAAAGAAAAAAUCCAAAAGGAGAAGACGGGACAAACAUAAGCAUAACUCCCCUUCCAGCGAUGACAGUUCCGACUACAGCCACGACUCCGACAUGGAGCGCACGGAAAGGCCCCACAAAAAAAGCAGCAGCUCUUCCUACAGGGAUUAUGAUUCCUCCUUCAGUCAGCAUGGCCACGUGUCAGGGAAUUACAUGAGUUCCCAGAAGAUGCAGCAUAAAAAAAAUGUCAAAAGUAAGGAAUAUGACAACUACAGUCAUUACAGUGAUGAAAACUUUGGCAAUUACAACGAGGAGGAAAAGGAUGAGGAUUUUGCUGACCAGCUCAAACAGUACAGACAAGCUAAAGAGACUUCCAGUGGGGAUUUGGGACCUCCAUUCCCAAAGGAACCAGUGAAGAAGCAGGGCAUGAAAGGGAUCCAGAAAGGCAUUUCCCAACGAGGGAACAACUACAACAUUGGAAGAGGGCGUGGAAUGCAGAAGAAACUGAAGCGCAAAGAUCGCGGGAGGGGCAGAGGCGGCAAUAAAGGAUCCGAUGGCUUCCAUGAGGAUGGCAAACCAGUGAAGAAAUGGGUUAAUAUGAGCCAGGAGUUCAUCAACCAGCACACGGUGGAGCACAAGGGCAAGCAGAUCUGUAAAUAUUUCCUCGAAGGGAGGUGCAUCAAGGGAGAACAGUGUAAAUUUGAUCAUGAUGCAGAGAUUGAAAAGAAGAAAGAAAUCUGUAAGUUUUACAUCCAGGGUUACUGCACCAAAGGAGAGAACUGCAUUUAUUUGCACAAUGAAUUCCCCUGCAAGUUCUACCACACAGGAGCAAAGUGUUAUCAAGGAGAUAAAUGCAAAUUCUCUCACGCGCCCCUGACUGCGGAAACCAAGGAGCUGUUGGAUAAGGUUCUGAAUAAUGAGGAGGAACCCCAGAAUGAAGAUGAGAAGGAGCUGGAGGAACUCCGGAAGCGGGGCAUUGUUCCUCUCCCCAAACCCCCACCGGGGGUCGGACUCCUGCCAACCCCCCCGGAGCAAUAUCCCUUCUCCGAGUCCGACAUGGAAAAUUACCAGGAUCCUUCAGGAGAUUAUAAGAAAAUCCCAUCUCUUUUUGAAAUCGUCGUGAAGCCCACGGUGGACUUGGCACACAAAAUUGGGAAGAAGCCGCCGACCUUCUACAACAGCGCGUCCCCGCCGCGGCCGCCGUUCCAGGGCAACGACCCACAUUCCCAGCACAUGUACAAUCCAGGCUCCAGCCCAGGGCCGGGUCCUGGCAUGUCCCAGGGACACAACGGGCCCCCGAUGCACCCCGGUUCUCCCGGGCACCAUCCCUGCGGGGGCCCCCAGGGGCCGGGAAUGCCGCAGAGCCCCCCCAUGCAGGGCGUUCCCCCGGGAUACAUGGGCCCGCAGAACCAGACUGGAAUGCCCAUGCAGGGCCAGCAAGGUGGGCCACCCCUCACCCCCCCGGGGAUGGGGGGAUCCUACAAUUCCCCCGGAGUGCAGGGACACAUGGUGAACAUGCCAAGGGACAAUCACUGUCCCCCGGGGCCGCAGUACCAGCAGAUGCCCGGGGAGUACGAGCCCAUGCAGAACCCGGCCGACUUCUACGACAACUAUUAUUCCCACCAAGCUGUGCACAACUUCCAGCCAGCCAAUAAUUCCGGAGAUGGAGCGUGGCACGGAGAGUUUGCGGAUCACCAGGCUCACCUCAUGGCUCCGGAGUCGCAUCCGGGCGGGAGCGAGUCGGACUGCAUAGGUGGCCACAUGGGCCACAACCAGGGCAUCAACGUGCCCGACUUCCUGCCCGCCAUGCAGAAGGCCCUGUACGUGAGGCUCAGCCAGAAGCACCAACGCGAUGGAGACUCUGCCAGCAGCCAGGGACAGAGGGCCAUGAGCAAAGAUGAAGAUGACAAUGUCAACUGGUAUUCCAGUAGUGAGGAGGAAGAGGGGAGCAGUGUUAAAUCAAUCCUCAAAACCUUAAAGAAACAAAGCGAAAACUUUAGGAAUCGGCAACAACAUUCCACGGAGCAGCACAUGCUUGGGAUGCCUACGGAUCCGAGGCUGGCCAAGGACAAAGGAGUGGGGCCUCAGGCUGCUGACCCGAGACUGCGGGGCUCCCCGAGGCCCAAUCCCAGGAAGCCUUCGGAGUCGGCGUCCCUGGAUCCCCGGCUGGCCCGCGAUCCGCGGAUGCACAAGGUCAGCGAGGGCGGCCAUCCCGGCUCCUCCCUGCCCGGGGCCAAGCUGGAUUUGCACCACGCCGGAGUGAAGGUCAAGCAGAAAGGGCUGGACGAUGAUGAGGAGGACUCGGAGAGGGAGCUGAGGGAACGAGCUUUCCUCAUUCCCAUGGAACCCCUGCCGGGCGUCACGUUACGGGAUCCCCGCUCCCAGCUGCGGCAGUUCAGCCACAUCAAGAUGGACGUGACCCUGAUGAAACCCAACUUUGCCAAGCACAUCGUGUGGGCCCCCGAGGACCUGCUCCCGAUCCCGCUGCCCAAACCCGACCCCGUCUCUUCCAUCAAUUUACCCCUCCCUCCGCUCAUCGCCGACCAGAGACUGAACAAACUGCGGAAUCUGAAGAACGAUCCGCACCCCGGCGCCGUGCCGGCCGAUCCCCGGCUCGCUGCCAAGGCCAAAAACAGCCUGGUGGGCCGGGGCGGCUACCUGGAUCCAUCCACAGAUUCCCAUGCCAGUAGCUCCAGCAAACUGGGGGACCCUCGCUUGCAAAAGAACGUCGACCCCAGGCUCCACAGACUGUCGAGCGCGGACGCUCACCACGGAGUCGGGAAGGAUUCCCACCCUCCUAAGUUUGACCCCCGCCUCGCCAGAGCUGCUGCCAGCUCAUCCCAGCCCUCGGAAGCCGCGACUCCAAAAUCUGACCCCGACGCUCUGCCUCCGUACGCGCCCAAAUUGUCGUCCAGCGGCGUCAGGCUGGGAUCUCCCGGCUCCAUCCUGAGCGGGAUCAGCCUGUACGAUCCCAGGGAUCACAGCUCAUCCUCGGACACGGCUCCGACCGCUUCGGGAGAGAACGGAGAGAACCAGAAAAAAAGUAUUUUGAAAAAUUCCAGUAAAAACGAGGCGAGUCUGGCGGAAGACGCGUCCCAGCAGAAGGCCGCCUCCAACGCGGAAAAAGCCACGGAAGGAUCGGCGGAAGGCGCUUCAGACAAGGCGAACAGCACCAAUAAAUCUCAGGCUAAACACUCCAGCGCCGCUCCUGCCGUCCACAAUCUCCCGAUCCAGGCUCUGUCGGGAUUGAUCCGGCCGCAGUACAGCGACCCCCGGCAGGUGAGGCAGCCCGGACAGGUAACGCAGGCCCCGGAGAGUGAUCCCAACGGGGAGUCGGAUGACAAAUCCUUAAAAGAUGUUUUCAAGACUUUCGAUCCAACCGCUUCCCCGUUUUGUUAGCAGAUGGCUUUGGAGUCUUUUUACCGUCGUGGGUAUUGCAGUUCUCUGCUGUUUUGUACCUGGGUUACCUCUUUUGGCUUUAUUUAUUUUUAAAUUAUAAUUCCCACCACUUUUCAGCUGCUAAUCUCCGAACCACACGCAGUUCUCCAGUACGCUCGAGUGUUUGCAAGGCUGUGGUAUUUUCUAGAGAAUCCUUUUUCUUUCCAAUUUCAGGGAGACUAAUAAUUGACCUGUAGAAAGGAAAACCAAUUCCCCCCCUGGAUCGUGUUAGAGCUGAGAAAAGCACUUUCAUUGUAAAUAAGUCAUGGAAAAUUCCCAGAGCUGUAUAUGUGUGAGCUGCCUCUUUCCCAAGCACCACUUAGAUCCGAUUGCCACAUUUGUAUAGAUCCAAGCAAUAUUAUGUACAUGAAUUCCCGGGAGAGAUGCCGUUCCAGGACUGCCAAACCCCCGAACUGAUGGAAAACCCCACGGAAAUGAAUCCAGAGGAAAGCGUCGCUCCUCCUUUUCCAAUGAGUCGAUGUAAGACACGGACAGUUUUUAUUCCUGCAGUCGAUAUUAGUGUAAAAGAGACUAUAUCACAUAUUGAGGAUGAAAAAUGUCAUAUCUUUUGAAAGUAUUUUAUUCUAUGCUGUACAUAGAAGAAAUUGUGAAGUACAUAACUAGCAAAAGUAACUGUUCAAAGUGGAGAAAACUACAUUGUCUAAUACGAAAAGGAAAAACAAAAAAACAACAAAAAAAAUGUUUUUAUUUAAUUUUUUUCCACGCCUACACGAUUGGGAUUUAGUGCUCCGAGUUCCAUUGUGGUGUUCAUGUAUUUCAACGUAUUUUUGUAUUCAGCUGCUUAAUUUGUAUUGCUUUUUUUGUAUGGCUGUAACUGCAGUACUUGUAUUCAUGGUGUCUCGACGACAUUUUUAACAAAACAAUUAAAAAGGGUACAGUUAA